UUUGGAGGUGGGAACUGAGAGAAGCACAAAUCACGAAGCGCUACGUCGUUGCGCAGAGCGCACUGAAGCAAAAGCAGCUUUAAAAAAAGGGAGGGGGGGCUGGACUAAGUCUGACACAAACCACAACCUGCUUAGUGUCUGCAGAAAACCAGUUUAGAGAAAUUCCUGCUGAAGGGAGAAGCGGUGUGUUGGAUGACACUCAAAGCUCCAGAAAGGGAAGGUUUGUCCGCGCGCGCUCGGCUCCAGCUGCAGUUUCCAUUCUCCGCGGGUGGAACGGACUGAUCUGGUUUGCGCGAUGAUGGCCACUUACCAAAGCCCGGAGGACGACCCGAUGGCGCUGAUGAUCCACGACACCAACACGAGCAAAGAGAAAGAGCGGCCGAAAGAGGAGCCGGUGCAGGAGAAGGUCUCCGAGAAGCCGGAUCCGUCCCAGAAGCCCCCCUACUCGUACGUGGCUCUGAUCGCCAUGGCCAUCCGGGAGAGCUCCGAGAAGCGCCUGACGCUGUCCGGCAUCUACCAGUACAUCAUCAGCAAGUUCCCCUUCUAUGAGAAGAACAAGAAAGGCUGGCAGAACAGCAUCCGGCACAACCUGAGCCUCAACGAGUGCUUCAUCAAGGUUCCGCGGGAGGGCGGCGGGGAGAGGAAGGGGAACUACUGGACCCUCGACCCGGCCUGCGAGGACAUGUUCGAGAAGGGGAACUACAGGAGGCGCCGCAGGAUGAAGCGGCCUUUCCGACCGCCGCCGACGCACUUCCAGCCGGGGAAGGCCUUGUUCGGAGGAGACGGCUACGGGUACCUGUCCCCACCCAAGUACCUGCAGUCCAGCUUCAUGAACAACUCCUGGUCGUUGGGCCAGCCGCCCACCCCCAUGUCCUACACGUCCUGCCAGAUGGCGAGCGGCAACGUGAGUCCAGUCAACGUGAAGGGACUGACGGCGCCCUCCUCGUAUAACCCCUACUCCCGGGUGCAGGGCAUGGCCCUCCCCGGGAUGGUAAACUCUUACAACGGCAUGGGUCACCACCACCACCCGGCGCAUGCGCAUGCCCACCACGCGCAGCAGCUGAGCCCGGCCACCGCGGCACCCCCGCCGGUCUCCUCCAGCAACGGCGCGGGCCUCCAGUUCGCCUGCUCCCGCCAGCCCGCGGAGCUGUCUAUGAUGCACUGCUCUUACUGGGAACACGAGACCAAACACUCCGCUUUGCACACGAGGAUUGAUAUUUAAGCUUUUCCGUCUGCGUAAAACCCAAAAUAAAAAGACAAAAAAGAGGACUCUAAGGAAAUUCCUGUAAUUUCAAGACCACAGCAGCAGUGUUCUGCAGAGACCAUGCUGUCAGGCUGCUGGGGUCCCGCUCACAUCCGCGUCCGCAUCCGGGGAGAUAAACGAGGACCCGGGAGAUAAAGGUGUCAUCGGCGCACAGCAGGUAGCGCGGCCUCUGGGAGCCAUUUCACGCGCCUGGCUUACACUUUGGACUGACUGCCGUCACUGUAGCCUUGAUUUGGGAAACAUUUGCUAAUAACUUUGGAAAACCUGUUGAUAUUGCUGAAAAUGUGUGCGUAAAAUUCACCGUUCACACGCGCGAUUCAUCCAAAGUUUUGUCCAGUGACGCGUGCGUCUCAGACGCCACUUCUUUCGGUGGAUGAGAGCUAACGUGCACGCAGCAAGAACGCUGCUGGCUUCAGAUUCUUCAUCACUCGCAGACUUUUUACACAGUUGCAUUGUGUGAGAUUCUCGUCAGUCGGUGCCACGUUUUGUUAAUCUUUCUAAUAAUAUUUUUUUAUAAAUGUGAUUAAUGUUUCAGUCAUGUUUUGGGGGCCAUGUUUCAUUUAAAAUAGCACUUUGCCCCAUUUUUCUAGGUUUGUGAAUUUCUAAAUAAACUUGUUUUUUUCUUAAA